UGAUAGUCAACUACAUUUUGAUGUUUAUUUAAUUUCAAUGUUCUAACCACAAACUCUUAUAAUAUUGCAAUUUAGUUUAAACUACUUACAUAAUUGAGUAUAAAAUAGCUUCAACCUUCAUCAACAAUUCAUCAUCAAUCGAGCAAAAAACAAAAGCUAAGAGCAACAAGCUAAAUAUUGUUUUCAGAAAAUGGCAGCUUCUAAGCGACUAGUUGUCUCUUGCUUGUUCUUAGUGUUGUUGUUUGCUCAAGCCAAAUCACAAGGUUUGAAAGUAGGGUUCUACAGCAAAACAUGCCCACAAGUCGAGGGUAUUGUUAGAAAGGUAGUGUUCGAUGCGAUGAAGAAAGCACCUACAGUUGGUGCUCCUUUGCUUAGAAUGUUCUUCCACGACUGCUUCGUUCGGGGAUGUGACGGAUCAAUCUUGCUAGAUAAACCGAACAAUCAAGGUGAGAAGAGUGCGGUUCCUAACCUAAGCCUUCGAGGUUUUGGUAUCAUAGACGAUUCCAAGGCGGCUCUAGAAAAAGUUUGUCCGGGAAUUGUUUCUUGCUCUGAUGUCUUGGCACUUAUCGCUAGAGACGCAAUGGUUGCACUUGAAGGACCAUCGUGGGAAGUUGAAACUGGAAGAAGAGACGGUAGGGUUUCUAAUAUCAACGAAGUCAACUUGCCAUCACCUUUUGAUAACAUCACCAAGCUUAUCAACGAUUUUCGCGCAAAGGGCCUCAACGAGAAGGAUCUAGUCGUUCUCUCAGGUGGGCACACUAUUGGAAUGGGACAUUGUCCUCUAUUGACAAACCGGCUUUACAAUUUCACCGGAAAAGGAGACAGCGACCCGAGUUUGGACACAGAGUACGCUGCUAAGCUCAGGCAGAAAUGCAAGCCCACCGAUACCACGACGGCUCUAGAGAUGGAUCCGGGGAGUUUCAAAACAUUCGACGUGAGCUACUUCACGCUAGUGGCUAAGAGAAGAGGACUUUUCCAGUCGGAUGCUGCUCUAUUGGACAACUCCAAGACUAGGGCUUAUGUCUUGCAACAGGCAAGAACUCAUGGGUCAAUGUUCUUUAGUGACUUUGGUGUCUCAAUGGUGAAAAUGGGUCGGAUCGGAGUUCUUACGGGUCAGGCCGGGGAGAUCCGUAAGACGUGUCGGUCUGCUAAUUAAGAGAUAUAAAAAUGAAAAUAUCUCUCUGUGAUUUUAUUAUUAUUGUUUGCUUCUUUUAUUUUGUUAGUUUCUUUGUGAGUUUCAUUCAUUAAUAAUGUGAUUGUUUUCUUGGGAAUAAGCUGUAAUGCUAUGUAUAAUUUUUUGAAAAGUCUUGAAAGUUCAGAUUAUUA